UAGUCACAACGACGUGAGCGGGGACGGAAGGAGUGUCGGUUUUGUGCUAAUUGCUCUCUUUGCCUUAACAGCUAUCUCGUGAAUGUUCAUUAUAAAUGGCCCUGUAAUGUUCACAUAUUGUAGUCAAGUACGCAGUAAUAUUAGGAAUAUAAACUCUUACGAACUCUUUAUAUUGCUGUUUGCGGUUCUGAGGCCUAAGCGUUGCUACCGAAAUGGUAACAUUAGCAUUAGCGCUUAGCUAGGAGAGUGUACGACGAGUCUUUCGUUACCACAUGCACAGAAUGAAUGAGUGCGCGUAAAUUAAUUCGUGUUAUUUAGCUUUGAUAGAUUUUUCAAAACGUUAAAUAGCUAAACAGUUAAUCUCACACAGCCAUGGCUACCGGUGCUGAUGUCAGAGAUAUUCUUGAGUUGACCGGAGGGGAUAAUGAUGGUCCCAUCACCAAGAAAGACCUCAUCAACUCAGACAAGAAAAAAACCAAGAAAGCAACAGAGACGCUGACCUUUAAGAGACCAGAGGGAAUGCACAGAGAGGUCUACGCUCUGCUUUAUUCUGAUAAGAAGGAUGCACCCCCCCUGCUGCCUAGUGACACCACUCAAGGUUAUAGGACAGUCAAAGCCAAGUUAGGCUGUAAAAAGGUUCGUCCCUGGAAGUGGAUGCCCUUCACAAAUCCAGCACGCAGAGACGGGGCCAUAUUCCACCACUGGAGACGUGUUGCAGAAGAGGGCAAGGACUACCCUUUUGCUCGCUUUAACAAGACCGUGCAGGUGCCAGUGUACUCGGAGCAAGAGUACCAAAUGCAUCUCCACGAUGACGGCUGGACUAAAGCAGAGACAGACCACCUGUUUGACCUUUGCAAGCGGUUUGACUUACGCUUCAUCGUUGUCCAUGACCGAUAUGAUCACCAGCAAUACAGAAAACGCUCUGUGGAGGACCUGAAAGAACGAUAUUACAGCAUUUGUGGUAAGCUGACCAAAGUGCGCGCAGCAUCAGGGACAGAACCCAAAAUCUACAUCUUUGACGCUGGCCAUGAAAGGCGCCGCAAAGAGCAGCUGGAAAAGCUGUUCAAUCGCACACCUGAACAGGUGGCAGAAGAGGAGUAUCUUGUUCAGGAGCUAAGGAAAAUUGAGACUAGGAAGAAAGAGCGUGAGAAGAAAGCCCAGGAUCUGCAAAAACUCAUUAAGGCAGCUGACACAACGACAGAGUUGAGACGAGCUGAAAAGAGAGUUUCCAAGAAGAAGCUUCCACAAAAAAGAGAAACAGAAAAACCGGCUGUUCCAGAGACGGCAGGCAUCAAAUUCCCUGACUUCAAAUCAGCGGGCGUCACACUGCGCAGUCAGAGGAUGAAACUGCCAAGCUCCGUAGGCCAGAAGAAGAUCAAGGCCAUUGAGCAGAUCCUGAUGGAGCAAGGAGUGGAUCUUAACCCCAUGCCCACCGAGGAGAUUGUGCAGAUGUUCAAUGAGCUUCGUAGUGACUUGGUGCUGCUGUAUGAAUUGAAGCAGGCCCACAGCAACUGUGAAUACGAGCAGCAGAUGCUGCGUCAUCGCUACGAGGCCCUGCUGAAGGCCGGCGGGUGCGUGGGAACCGUAGGAGCCGGUCCAGUCAUUGCAUCACAGGGUGGGGAAAUCAACGCCACCAACAGCACUACAGCUUCCACCCCGGGGGCUGAAUCUCAGUCCUGGCUCACCGCAGAUGACAUUAAGGUGGAAGCCAAGGAGCAGAUCAUCGACGUUGUAGGAGCGCCGCUUACCCCC